AUUUGGGGAAAGAAAGAAACGAAGUUGGUGUAGCUAUGUGAUACAUUCACGGAGUGGAUUAAUUGUAGACUGUUCUUUCUGUAAACAUGGUUUGGCAAUGGUCAGUAGAGUUAACGGCACCAUGCGUCCCGUUCUCAAAUGUAUUCGCUGAAUUUUGGAGUAAAAUUAUUUGAAAAAGGGAAUGAUAGCAAUAACGCAUUCUCGAAACAUCGAAUGCUGUAUGUUUUCUUUUGGUCCGCAUUUUGAUAAUCUGUUUUUUUUAUCUCCCUUUUCAAGAUCAUUUUCAUGUCGUAAAGUGAAUAGAAGAGUUUGGACAAGCAACAUUUUCUACAAAAACGGACUUAUUUUCCUCCUUCCACUGGACCCCACGAGCGCGACGAGUGAUUUUUCAAAAAGCUUUUGCCCUGGAACAUCCUGAAAAAAGGAUAACUUAACACACUGGACUACAUUUGCUUUUUUUAAAAAACAUUGUAAUGGGGAAUAUAUCUUCUAAAGGACACAAACAAGAGUAGAACACUUAUACUGGUGCCAGCUGCGUGCGAAACAACAAAUAGCAGAAACGCAACUCCUCUUUACGUGACCGCUAGGCAAUAAAGUCUAGCCUAAUGUAAUGGACCAUUCGUUCACACUGAUGCAGGUGUGGAGCUACCUAGUCUCAUACGAGACCAACAACUUAAACUUAAUGAAAGUGUCCUAAAUAGCUCUAUUUAUCAGUAUUUAUUUCCAAUAUUGGCAGAAUAAUAGAAGUAGUCCACUUCUAACUCGAUGGAUUCACAUGCGUUACCAUCUACCUGUCUGCCUGUAGUCUCCACAGCCAAGACAAGAUGACUGUGAACACUGUUGUUCAAACAUGAUUACGUCGUCAUGUGAUCCUCCCAAAAUGUCUUAAUCGUCUUAUUUAACGUCUGUUUUUAUUUAUUGUCUGUGUACAUAUAGCCUAUUGGUUGUUCUCAUUUGGGGGGUAUUUUGUUGGGGGUAUUUGUUGGUUUUGCAUAUAGAUUGCAGGGUCUGUAAUUUCAACUACUGUAGUUCAACUACUGUAGACAUACUUGAGACUUUUAAUGUAUUUCCAACUCACACGCUGUAUUUAUUGAGUACGUUAACUUAGACCAUAGUGGUUCAUUAACAGCAUUUAUUUUUACUUGAUUAUUCCGAGUUUUAGACGACCAGGUUAGACAUUACGAUGGACCGACUUGGAAGUAAGUUAUUGGAGAAGUUGAAACUGACUGACUCAGGAAGUGUGAAAUUCGCCAGUUCUAAAAAGAAAAACGAGUUGGUCAACAACAUCAACAAUAACAGCAAUGGGAACAGCAGUGGGGACACCAGUAGUGGACUACCACCAAGCCUGAACACUGCCACCUCCUCACCUUCAAGACCUGGUCAGUUCUCUCUCACCUCUCCAACCUCAACGGAGGCGUGUGGGCUGGCCAGUGGCGGGAAGGGACUGGGAGAAAGAGUCUCCUCUACCCAGCACCUCUCGACCUCCAUCACCCCCCAACCUACUGACUGCGAACAUCAACCCUACUCCCCCUCGACUCUCGCCCCCCUCCGGCGCCGGACGCCCCAGCAGCGUGCCUCCUGCUACCUGGGGGAGGGCGUUGACAUCCAGAUGAGGCGUGAGUCAGGCCUCGGGGACUGUGACCCUGCUGGGUCCAAGGCUUCUCUGAACCAACGCCGCUACUCCCUUGAGCUCCAACAGCUGGUCCGACGCCAGCAGCUCCUCUCCCAGCCUCCUCUGUCCCAUUCAUCUGUCCCCCCUCCAGCGUACCCCAUCCCCUCCUCGGGUUAUGGCUCUGCUCCCCGCGGCGGGGCCAUGGCUGAGCCACACUACCUUCCCGAGCCUGAGCGUCACAAACGCCUCUCCCUGCAGGAGGCAAUGUUCUACAAGAGGCUGAGCACGGGAGGGGAGCUCUGGGAGAGCACCAGACCGGCAUCGCUCUCUCACCCCCCACACCGGCCCUCUGAGAUGGGUGGAGGAGGAGGGUUCUUCCCCCCUGGCCCAGCACUGAGCCCCUGCUCCUCCUUUAGCCUCCAGGAGUCAGUGCUGGUCAGUCCCAGGUCCAGCUUCGCCUCCAGUACAGCCAGCGGUGGAGGAGGAGGGAGCCCUAUGGGCAGCCGCUGUAGCAGCAACCGCACCAGCGGAAUCAGCCUGGGCUACGACACGCGCUACUCAGCCUCCUCCGCCAUGGCACCGCAGCUGCAGUUCUCCUCCCUGCACACAGGGGGCUCCACCAGCGGACAGGGCUACACAGUCUCAGGCAGGGCCGGGGCGCCCUCUGGGGCUGGAGGCUGGCAGGACUACCUGGAUGGGGUGUUCUCACCCGGAGGAGCAGGGAUUCAGGAUAGCCGGCAUUCGUACCCGCCUGCGUUAGGGAGCCCGGCGGCUGCCUGUUACCGGGCUGGGCCUGAGUGGUGGGACGAGAAGGGAGCAGGGGCAGCCCGAGGAGAGGAGACUGGCAUGGGUGCUGGCGGGGAGCGGAUGCGCUUCUCGGACCUCCCGGGUACCCGCUACCAGGAGGAGCUGACACGCCUGUUGCUAAGAGAUGCAGCACUGGAGGGGGAGGGGCUACACAUGGGCGGGCUGAUGCUCAAAGAACAGCUCAAUCCUCCAAUCAAGGCCCUCGCCAAGCCGGCAACACUCGUCACUACGGCUACGGCUUCCAGAUCAAUCAAAGCCCAGGAGGAGCCGGGAACGGGAAGGGAGGAGUUCUUUGGUGAGAUCAUCAAACCUCUUCAUCGCUGUCAUCUUCAUCACUUUGUUUUGUUAGUGUUGGGUGUUGGGUGCAUGUCUUUUUUUUUUCAUGAAAGGAUUGGAUGGGUGGCUAGAUGGAUAGACAGAUUUUGAUAGAUGAAAGAGAGAGAAUUGGAUGGAUCGGGUCUCAAGGCCUGCAUGAACUUGUAGAGUGGCCUACCUAUCACACAAGCAAAGGGAAAGCGAAACAUUUGGCCCUCAGCGGGAUUGCUAAGGCAGAGGCAUAUCCAGACAAGUAGAGCUGCUAGGCUGGGCACAUCAGACAGAAAGGAGAAUAGAGACGCAGAGAAAAACUAAUGAGAAGGAAUUAUCAAAGCUGAAACGCAAAAAUACACACGCCAAAGAGUCUCUGUGCAACAAAGUCACUCAGUCGUAACUUAAUGCACUGAAUCACAUUCUCCAAGAGACUCUUUUGGUAUAGAACAGUUUUAGGUAGGGUUAAGCACAGACACAGACGUUGCACAUAGAGGGCUGAUAAAGCGUAGCUAUGCAUACACUGAACUGGAAAGCUUAGCUCGGCUGCAGUGUUCACAAAUGACAUGUUAGUGAUAAACACAGCACUGACCAUUAGUAUGAGUCAUAGAGAAGAUUACAGCUUUGGACUGGCAGUGUGUGUAUAUGCCUUGCAUUUGUGUGUAGUGUGGCAGGAUGUGUGUGUGUUCGGAAUGACUCCAGGCCAUAAUAAUAUAGUGGGUGUGUGGUUUGUGCAGGGCCGGACUACUGCAUUUGGGACACCUACCUCCAGAGGGCCCCCAAAAAUCUAAUUAUUAUAGCUGUUUCCCCAAAAAAUAACUUCCUGCAGUUCAACAGAUUUGACCAUGAGACGCAGAGAAAAAUGUGCAGUUUUACAAUGCUAUUCUACACAUUUAGAAAAUUCAGUUUUAAAGCAAAUUUCAUGCAAUUCUACACAUUUUGUCAUAGCAUAUGAACACGUCAUAAGCAAUCUGUUUUUUUGUGGGGGUCGGGGGCCCCGGGGCAUGUGCCCUGUUUGCCCGUUCGGUAAGCCGGCCCUGGGUGUGUCUGUGGGGCGAGUCAUGCGUGUGCUGGUUUGUGUUACCCUGCCUUGGCGUGUGCAGCAGCCUGUUUUUCUUCUGCCCAGGUAUGUGAGCCCUCGAGGGAUGGGAACUGUGUCAACUCAGCUAGGCUCAGAGCUGUUAACACCACCGAGGCUCUUUACAGGAGCUCAGACAGAGGGUGUAGGACCAGGAGUUGCCUAAAAUCAGACUGUAGCUAGGUUUCCAUCCAGUUGCUGACAGAUUUAAUGUGAAUAUGCUCAAAUCUGCAUAAAAACAAUAUGUAUAUUUUUCCACCAGAUAUGUUUCCAUCAUAUUGACUUGUUGUGGAUAAAAGGGUCUGCGUUAAAUUCCCAUGCACCAAAAAAACCCAAACAUGGUUAAAUGGGACUGCAUGCUUUCCCGAGUCAUAGUGGGAGGACCACACAACAUAUCACCUCGUGACUCCAACUUUACUUCGAUAUGACAGUUAUUAUAUCAAUAUUUGCGCAUAAAGGUCUUUCCACCGCCAUUUGUUGCAUAAUUAAUUUCUGCAAACACAAAAAGAUCCCACCUUGUCUAGCGUGUUUUGUAGACAUUUUGAAAGUUUACAGACCUUUGCUGUUUCCAUCACACCUGUAAUUACAUUUUUUAUCAGACAUGUACUUGACUCAGAUAACAAGGUUGGACGGAAAGCAGAUUAGUGAUAUACAUUUUUGGUAUACAGUCUGAAACAAAGUACUGCAAAAACUUGGAAUGUUUCCUUACAAAACAGAAUGUUGAAUAAAAUUACAUUUGAACUUACUCUACCGGUUGUCAGUGCAGUUGGUCCUUCAGUGGGUUGAAGUUUUAAACAAAAUAUCCACAGGAAAGUAUAAUUUACCUGACUUUUUAGAGUUUACUUCAAUUGAAAUUUCAUUCACCUGGCACAUGUGCAAAACCAUGUAAACAUCUGCAAGACUUUGGUUAAUAUGCACGCAUCACGUGCAUGUACUUCCGUCUUGUGCACGUGCCUUAGGUCACGAGCAAACAAAUAUUGAUUGCCACACACAGAGACCCGUGUUUUGAAGUCUGUUUAAUAAUACUUUCCUGUGGUUAUUUUGCCUCAAAUUUCAACCCACUGAAGGACCAACCCCACGGACAAUCGGCAGAGUAAGUUCAAGUAUAUACUGAAACAAAAAUAUAAACACAUUUAAAGUUUUGGUCCCAUGUUUCAUGAGCUGAAAUAAAAGAUCCCAGAAAUGUUCCAUAUGCACAAAAAAAAACAAUUUCUCUAAAAUGUUGUGCACAAAUCUGUUUUCAUUCCUGUUAGUGAGCUUUUCUCCUUUUCCAAGAUAAUCUAUCCACCUGACAGGUGUGGCAUAUCAAGAAGCUGAUUAAACAGCAUGAUCAUAACACAGGUGCACCUUGUGCUGGGGACAAUAAAAGACCACUCUAAAAUGUGCAGUUUUGCCACACAAUGCCACAGAUGGCUCAAGUUUUGAGGGAGCGUGCAAUUGGCAUGCUGACUGCAGGGAUGUCCACCAGAGCUGUUUCCAGAGAAUUGAAUGUUCAUUUCUCUACCAUAAGACGCCUCCAACGUGUUUUAGAGAAUUUGGCAGUACGCCCAACCGGCCUCACAAACGCAGACCACGUAACCACGCCAGGCCUGGACCUCCGCAUCCGGCAUCUUCACCUCCGGGAUUGUCUGAGACCAGCCACCCGGACAGCUGAUGAAACUGUGGGUUUGCACAAUCAACAGCCUGAUCAACUCUAUGCAAAGGAGAUGUGUCGCGCUGCAUGAGGAAAAUGGUGAUCCCACCGGAUACUGACUGGUUUUCUGAUCCAUUCCCAAUCGUGAAAUCCCUAGAUUAGGACCUAAUGGAUUUGACUGAUUUCCUUAUAUCGUUGAAAUUGUUGCAUGUUGCGUUUUUAUAUUUUUGUUCAAGGUAAUUUUAUUAAAUAUUUGUGACCGACAAAAUGUUUUUCUCUAUGUAAAUGUGUGUGGCUAUACCUACACAAUGGAAGGCAUAGCCACAAUCGGGACUAGGCCAGGAGUUGUUCCCUAUUCAGGUGGGUCCGGGAAAAACUACUGGGCCCGUAUUCACAAAGCUUCUCAGAGUAGGAGUGCUGAUCUAGGAUCUGUCCAUGUAAUCUUAUUCAUUAUGAUCUAAAAUACCUAAUGAUAUGUUCUAAGUUUGUAGCAAAAAUUUACCUGACCAGGAAAAAGUACCGGGCUUUUUGUUAGUGUUGAUUUUGGCUUGUGUAAUGAGUGACCAAGACAUUUUCUUGAUGAAGGGACCUCACCAGGUUGUUCAUUGUGUUGAUUGUGUUGCAGGUACAUGUGUGAAGUGUAGGAACGGUGUGUAUGGAGCGGAUAACGCUUGCCAGGCCCUGGACAGCCUCUAUCACACACGCUGCUUCACCUGUGUGUCCUGUGGUGAGUUGAACACACACAAUACAUGCAGUUUAUAGUCAGAAAAGCAGCUCUGUCAAACUUGGCGUGACUGUCCUUCUGUCCCAGGUCGCACCCUGAGAAACAAGGACUUCUAUAACGUCAAUGGCUCUGUGUACUGUGAAGAGGAUUACAUGGUAAGAGGUCGAAGUCUCUAUCUCGCUCAGUGGCAUUCCUAGAUAUCAGUGCAUUACAUUUCUAAACAAUGCUUUCCUAGUCAUGAUUACAGUAAAUUGCAUCAAAGUUUUACAUAUUGCUUUUCAGGGUUGGGUUCAAUUCAGGAAUUACACUGACAUUCCAAUUGUCUUCAAUGCUUUUCAAUUAGGAACAUGUGGAAUUGGAAUUUGGUUUACUUUCUGAAUUGACUGGAAUUCAAAUGGAAUUGACCCUAACCCUGGUGCUUUCUAUGGUAUGAAAUAAAACCAUGUCUCAAAUCUCAAAUGUUCUCUCCAUACUCAGUUCUCAGGCUUCCAGGCUGCAGCAGAGAAAUGCAGUGUGUGUGGCCACCUUAUCCUGGAACAGGUGUGUGUGUUCAAAUAUUUUUUGGGGGUGGUCCUUGUAUGUCCAAUGUUUCAUUGUGAAUCUAAAUGUGUGUGCGUUAAAUCUUCAUUAAUGUUAAGGGACCAUCCCUUAUCUACUGUGUGGUCCUGUUCCACCAGAUCCUCCAGGCGAUGGGGAACUCCUACCACCCUGGCUGUUUCCGCUGUGUGGUGUGUUCCAAAGCCCUGGAUGGAGUCUCCUUCACUGUCGACCACCUCAGCAACAUCUACUGUGUCUCCGACUACAACAGGUGAGACGGGGUGUCCAGUAGGCCAGACUGAGACUUUGAUAUACUACAGACGGUGUAGACUGUAAUGAAUUGUCAAGCUGUUUAGGGUCAGAGGAUACAACUCAGUUGACCACACAGUUUGUACAUUAAUAGUACGCUACAUUACCAGGGCUACAUGUGGUUAUAUUCUCAAAUUGGAACUCUUUUUGUCCUGUAGAAAAUUUGCUCCUAAAUGUGCUGCCUGUUUACAACCCAUCUUACCUGCUGAGGUGAGUAUCUCAUUGUGUUUCCUUUGCUGUGUGUGUGCGUUAGCCUAAAUCGAGACAUAACUGCAUGCCACUCAGACCAACUUCAUACUGCUACUUGAUUGUAAUGCGCUGACUAAUCUCACUGCUGCUGUUGUUUUAUGUUACAGGGCAGCGAGGAGAUACUCAGGGUGGUGUCUAUGAACAAAGAUUAUCACUUUGAGUGCUACCACUGUGAGGUUAGUAUGGCCUUUAUCUAAUAAUAGCAGCUAACAACUAUGUCAUGUGGUCGGUCCUUACCCGUGUUCUUAAAUCAGGCUGUGCAGGCUUUUGUUCCUACCCAGCACUAACACACCUGGUUCAACCACAGUAAUCAAGGGGCUUCAUCAUUGGCUGAAACAAAACCCUACAAGUCACCAGGACCAGAAAUGAAGAACAGUGACUGUAUUUAUUUUAUGAAGCAUUAAACCUGAACUCGGAUCAGAUUUAAUGUUCUGUCUGUUUCAUUCCUCAGGAUUGUGGGAAGCAGCUCUCGGAUCAGCCGGGUUCCCAGUGCUUCCCUCUGGACUCUCAUCUCCUCUGUCACUCAUGUCACAUGACGCAGGUGUGCGCCUCGCAUAACAUUGCCCCUCACAGCACCCACUGAGGAAGAAACUAUGCAGCAAACAUUCAUACCCUUUCAACAUUCCCCUUCCACCUCCCUUUCUCACUCAUAGAAACUCAUUCUUUCGCUCUCCUGCACACCCAGAAAAUAUGGGUUGCUCUGUUUGAAUUUACUUUUCAAAUUCUACUCAGACAAGCUCUCACAUGAAAAUGCUGGUAAAGGCUUUCAACACAGAGCAGAAGAUUAAUUUACUGUAUGGUCCAGUUUGAAACAACAGCAGAAAUGUCUUAGAUCGAACACCUGUAUGUGACCUGGGCCAAGUUCAUUAGGGCACACUGUAUCAGAACGUUUUGCAACGGAAAAUGAAAGCCAGUGUUUAUUGGACAAGUAUAGAUAGUACCUCCUGGAGCAUUUGUCCGUUUAGUGGCUACUGAACAGCACCCAGGUGCGACAUAAGUCCUGCUGUUCUACGAUCACUGUACCGUAACAUUCUCAUAGGGAGAAUAUAGCCUAGUCCCAGAUCAGUUUGUGCUUUCUUGCCAACACCUAUGGUUGUUGUCAAGCCAUUAUUUGGCAGAUCUGGAGCCAGGCUAGGAAGAAUACAAAACUACUGCUUUCUUGUUACUCCCUGACCAUGUCUACUGUUUGCUAUAGGCCAGG